AUGGACCCCGUCAUUAUAACGCCGGACGAUGUAGCUGAGGCGGUCCGAAGGGCCCCGAACUGGAAAAGUCCGGGGCUCAACGGGCUGCAUCACUACUGGCUGAAGGGGUUCGUGGUGUGUCACGCUGUGCUCGCCCGACAAUUUCAAGAGGCUCUCGACCAAAAGUCGCUCCCGAGCCUCUUCACUACUGGGAUCACUCAUUUGGUUCCUAAAGACCGGGAUACCAUAGACCCGAGCAAAUACCGCCCCAUCACGUGUCUACCCACGAUAUAUAAGACAUUAACAUCCAUUUUGAGCGCGAGAAUCACUCGUCACCUGAACUCAAAUCAGGUGAUGUCGCGCGCUCAAAAUGGAUGUCGGGGCGGUGGUCGUGGAACCAAGGAACCACUCCUCAUUGACGCGGUCAUUGGCAAAGUGGUUAAACGCAACCGUCGGAACCUAUCCGCCGCCUGGAUAGACUACAAAAAGGCAUUCGACUCGGUGCCUCAUAUGUAUACCAUGUGGCUGAAGAGGGUCCUCGAGCUGUACUAG